AUGGAGAACGCCUUUGCCCGUCCCAUUGCGACGGUUCUCUCCCACUUCGAAGUGGACGAGCAUGACGGUCUUACCAACAAGGAAGUUGAGGAGCUGAGAAUCAAGUAUGGUCGCAAUUCUAUCCCCGACGAGCCUCCUACUCCUCUGUGGGAGCUCAUUCUGGAGCAAUUCAAGGACCAGCUAGUGAUUAUUUUACUUGGCUCCGCGGCCGUUUCAUUUGUUCUGGCACUUUUCGAGGACGAAGGCGGCUGGAGUGCCUUCGUUGACCCCGCUGUUAUUCUCACCAUCCUAAUCCUCAAUUCCGUCGUCGGAGUCUCCCAAGAAAGCAGUGCUGAGAAGGCGAUUGCCGCCCUGCAAGAAUAUUCGGCGAAUGAGUCCAAUGUUAUUCGAAACCAUGGCCACGUUGCUCGAGUCAAGGCUGACGAGUUGGUUCCUGGCGAUAUCGUUACCGUAGCCGUUGGAGACCGUAUUCCCGCCGAUUGCCGCGUCAUUGCCAUUGAGAGCAAUAGCUUUGCCGUCGACCAGGCUAUCUUGACUGGAGAGAGUGAGAGCGUCGGCAAAGAUGACGAGGUCGUCGUCAAGGAUGAGCGUGCUGUCUUGCAGGAUCAAGUCAACAUGCUCUUUUCGGGAACUACUGUCGUUACUGGGCGUGCCAGAGCCGUUGUCGUCCUCACUGGCUCCAACACUGCCAUCGGAGAUAUCCAUGAGAGUAUCACGGCCCAAAUCUCUGAGCCCACGCCUCUGAAGCAAAAACUCAACGAUUUUGGAGACAAUCUAGCCAAAGUCAUUACUGUCAUCUGCAUUCUGGUCUGGCUUAUCAACAUCCCCAACUUCAAUGAUCCCAGUCAUGGUAGCUGGACUAAGGGCGCCAUCUACUAUCUCAAGAUUGCCGUCUCCUUAGGAGUGGCUGCUAUCCCUGAGGGGUUGGCUGUUGUCAUUACCACUUGCCUAGCCCUUGGUACGCGCAAAAUGGCUGCUAAGAACGCCGUGGUGCGCAGCUUGCCCUCUGUGGAGACCUUGGGAAGCUGCAGUGUCAUUUGUUCAGACAAGACUGGCACCCUAACCACGAACCAGAUGAGUGUCAACAAAAUUGUCUACAUCAAUGAGGCCGGCAAUGACCUCAAUGAACUCGAUGUUGAAGGCACCACCUUUGCCCCCAAGGGAGCCAUUACAGCCAAUGGCAAGCCCGUGAAGGACUUGACAUCGUCGUCAGACACCGUUCGCCAGAUGACAGAAGUCGCUGCCAUUUGCAACGAUGCUCACCUCGCCUAUGAUUCCCGUACUGCUACCUUCUCCAGCGUUGGUGAGCCUACUGAGGGUGCUCUACGUGCGCUUGUUGAAAAGAUUGGACCCUGUCCUCCUAAUGACACUCAUCUCGAGGACUGCCUCCACCAUGCCAGCCACCUGUAUGAGAAACAACUUCCCCGUCUUGCCACCUAUGAGUUCUCCAGAGAUCGAAAGAGCAUGUCUGUUCUGGUCCAGAAUGGAAAGCAGAAGAAGCUUCUCGUCAAGGGCGCACCCGAAUCCAUCAUCGACCGCUGUUCCCACGCUUUGCUUGGUGCAGACGGUAACAAGGUUGCCCUCAGUGGCAAGCUUUCCGAUCUCUUGAUGAAAGAAGUUGUUGAUUAUGGAAACCGUGGUCUUCGUGUUAUUGCCUUGGCUAGCAUUGACGACGUUUCCAAGAGUCCCUUGCUAUCCGCGAAGUCGACUGAGGAUUACGCCCGCCUUGAGCAAAAUAUGACUUUCUUAGGUCUGGUCGGUAUGCUGGAUCCCCCUCGAGAAGAAGUCCCUGGAUCAAUCGCCAAAUGCAAGGAAGCCGGUAUUCGUGUGAUUGUUAUCACUGGAGAUAAUCGCAAUACAGCAGAGAGUAUCUGCCGUCAAAUUGGCGUUUUCGGUCAGCAUGAAGAUCUCACUGGAAAGAGCUAUACUGGGCGUGAAUUUGAGAACUUGAGUCCCAGUGAGCAGCUUAAAGCUGCCCAGCGAGCCUCUUUGUUCUCUCGUGUCGAGCCUGGUCACAAGUCAAAGUUGGUGGAUCUUCUGCAGUCUCUGGGCGAGGUUGUAGCCAUGACUGGCGACGGUGUCAACGAUGCUCCUGCUCUGAAGAAGGCCGAUAUUGGUGUUGCCAUGGGUUCUGGUACUGAUGUCUCCAAGUUGGCUGCCGAUAUGGUUCUUGCUGACAGCAACUUUGCCACCAUUGAAGUUGCCAUUGAGGAGGGUCGAGCCAUCUACAACAACACCCAACAGUUUAUCCGUUACCUCAUCUCGUCCAAUAUCGGCGAGGUUGUUUCCAUCUUCCUCACAGCUGCUCUGGGUAUGCCCGAGGCCUUGAUACCCGUUCAGCUCCUUUGGGUCAACUUGGUUACCGAUGGCCUUCCUGCCACCGCCCUGUCCUUUAACCCCUCGGACCACGAUAUUAUGAGGCGCCAGCCCCGAAAGAGAGAUGAGCCCCUUAUUGGUGGAUGGCUGUUCUUGCGUUACCUGAUUAUCGGAACAUACGUUGGUCUGGCGACUGUUGCCGGCUACGCUUGGUGGUUCAUGUACAACCCCGAGGGGCCCCAGAUUACCUUCAAGCAGCUCUCCCGCUUCCAUCACUGCACCGCCGACUUCCCCGAGAUCGGAUGCCAGAUGUUCUCCAACGACAUGGCCAAGGCAGGCUCGACUGUGUCACUGUCUAUCCUUGUCGUCAUCGAGAUGUUUAACGCCAUGAACGCCUUGUCGUCGAGCGAGUCACUCCUCUCACUGCCCCUGUGGAAGAACAUGAUGCUCGUCUACGCCAUCGCUUUGUCCAUGGCUCUGCACUUUGCCCUCUUGUACAUCCCCUUCUUGCAGAGUCUGUUUGCAAUUGUCCCACUCAACAUGACUGAGUGGAAGGCAGUCGUCGUUAUUAGCGCACCUGUCAUUCUCCUCGAUGAGGUCCUGAAGUUGAUUGAACGCAAUUUCUUCAUGCAGACAACAACACAUGAGACGACGGAGGGCAUCAAGGGCAAGAAGGAGAUAUAG